UACUGUUCAUGCACUGGAAACCGGUGUAAUCAGGAAGCAGCUGAGGGAGAGAGGCAGAGAAACGGAGAAUCAGGGGAGAAAAAAACAAAAUCCUGCCUCACCACAACAUUGGAAGGGAGGACAGUUACAACAGGAGUACCAAGAAUAAAGAAAAUGAAGGAAAUGGUAAAAUCCUGCUGUUAAAGCAGUUUUUGUUGAGGGAAGAGUAUAUCUCGAUUCUCGGUCCUCUCUUUUUGCUGUCAUCCCGUCUUCCACUGUGUCAGCGGGGGAGGGUACAUCAUCUGUCCCAGGCCUGCGUAAAUGUCCCAGCAUCCCGCAAGAGCUGAGACUAGGCCACUGCGACUGUAACGGAGAUGUGAGAACAAGGCAAGACAGGGAGAAAGAGAUCUGUGUAGUGUGUUUGGUCCAAAGCCCUUAAAGCCCCAACAAUCCCUCCCAGGGACACCUGUUUCUCAGACGCAUUUCCCAAUCGACCUACGAACAUCCAUGGAAGAAAAGUACAAAGAGAUUGCUGAGGAGCUGUUCACUUUCAGCAUGGCAGACAGUGAGAUGCGUAGUGCUCCUUAUGAGUUUCCGGAGGACAGCCCCAUUGAACAGCUAGAAGAGCGACGGCAUCGCCUGGAGAGGCAAAUCAGCCAGGACAUUAAGCUUGAGCCAGAGAUCUUACUCCGCGCAAAACAGGACUUCAUGAAAAUCGACAGUGCUGCGGAUCUGGAGUUAAUGAUAGAGAAGAGUAUCGACACUGUUGAUGAUGGCUUUAAAGAACAGGAAAUGCCACUGGAGCGAGAGUACCAGCGGGUUUCAAUAUCUGGAGAGGAAAAGUGUGGCGUACCCUUCACUGACCUCGUAGAUGCAGCCAAGUGUGUGGUGAAGGCAUUAUUCAUUCGAGAGAAGUACAUAAACCGAUCCUUGCAAAGCUUUUGUAAGACCACAGCUCACUUCUUGCAGGAACUUGGGUUGAAAUCUGAGGAUGUGGCAAUCUGUGAUGAUAUUAUAGAGACUCCUAUAGACAAUGAUGUUACCGUCCACCCACCUGUUUCAGAAACACACCCUUAUGAAAAUUUAGACCCCAAGAACAUGCCGCCAGACGCAGGAUAUGGUUCCAAGAUGGUGGAUGGAGUAAUCCAUGUCUACACCAAGAAAAGUCCCAUGGACAAUAGCACAGAGCUGGACCUGCCCUACCCUGACUUGAAGGAAUAUAUUGCUGACAUGAAUGUUAUGAUGGCUCUGAUUAUCAAUGGACCUGUGAAGUCUUUUUGCUACCGCCGCCUCCAGUACCUAAGCUCAAAAUUCCAGAUGCACAUCCUCCUGAAUGAGAUGAAGGAGCUGGCAGCUCAGAAGAAGGUUCCACACAGAGAUUUCUACAACAUACGCAAGGUAGACACACACAUACAUGCAUCAUCCUGUAUGAACCAGAAGCACCUGCUGAGAUUCAUCAAAAGAGCCAUGAAGAAGUACCCUGAGGAGAUAGUACACAUAGAGCAUGGGCGUGGUCAGACCCUGAAGGAGGUUUUUGAGAGCAUGAACCUGACAGCCUUCGAUCUGAGUGUAGACACUCUCGAUAUGCAUGCGGACCGUAACACGUUCCAUCGAUUUGACAAGUUCAAUGCCAAAUACAACCCCAUUGGAGAAUCCAUCCUGAGAGAGAUCUUUAUCAAGACUGACAACCACAUUGAAGGAAAAUACUUUGCGCACAUAGUAAAGGAGGUAAUGGCUGACUUGGAGGAGAGUAAGUACCAGAACUCUGAGCUCCGCCUAUCCAUCUACGGUCGUUCCAGUGAUGAAUGGGAUAAACUGGCUCAGUGGGCUGUCAAACAUUGUGUGUAUUCUGAUAAUGUGCGCUGGCUCGUUCAAAUACCCCGCCUUUUUGAUGUGUACCACACAAAGAAGCAGCUGGCUAAUUUCCAGGAGAUGCUGAUGAAUAUCUUCUUGCCUCUGUUCGAAGCCACGAUCAACCCCCGCAGCCACCCUGAGCUGCACCUGUUCCUCGAGCAUCUGGUGGGCUUUGACAGCGUUGACGAUGAAUCCAAACCUGAGCACCAUAUUUUCAAUCUCGACAGUCCGCUGCCGGUCAACUGGACAGAUGAGGACAACCCACCCUACUCUUAUUACCUCUACUACACCUAUGCCAACAUGACCGUCCUCAACCACCUGCGAAAGUGUCGAGGUUUCAAUACAUUUGUGUUCAGACCUCACUGUGGGGAAGCGGGACCAAUCCACCACCUGGUGUCUGGUUUCAUGUUGUCACAGAACAUCUCCCAUGGCCUGAUGCUCAGAAAGGCCCCUGUGCUGCAGUAUCUUUACUACCUUGCUCAAGUUGGUAUCGCCAUGUCCCCGCUGAGUAACAACAGCCUGUUCCUCAGUUACCACCGCAACCCGCUGCCAGAGUACCUGUCCCGAGGACUCAUGAUCUCUCUGUCCACUGAUGAUCCCCUUCAGUUCCACUUCACCAAGGAGCCUCUGAUGGAAGAGUACAGCAUUGCCACACAGGUGUGGAAGCUAAGUUCCUGUGACAUGUGUGAGCUGGCAAGGAACAGUGUCCUCAUGAGUGGGUUUUCACACAAGGUCAAAAGCUUUUGGUUGGGCCCAAACUACAAUAAAGAGGGAUCUGAGAGCAACGACAUCCGUCGCACAAAUGUCCCUGAUAUCCGUGUGGCGUACCGCAGUGAGACGCUGUCUGAGGAGCUCCACCUUAUUACUCACGCCGUGCACACGGGGCAGCUGGACGACAGUGAUGAAGACAACGCUCUGUCCAUGGGCCCUCUUUCAGGACGGCGCUGACAUCACAGACACACGGCCCUGUAUGCCCUCAACCUUAUGGCCCAUCCUAGCAUGCCACUGAAGACGCACGGUAUGGAAGCACUUUUGCUCUGCACCUACAUGUUGAUGUAGAAACAAACUGACAGCCAAGGACGCCGUGCUGCCAGAGUACUUCAUCUCCAGUGCUGUUACAGGUCUGAUGUUGUGCUAAAGUUUAGGUAAGAG